UCUGCCCGCCGCGCGGACCGAGGGAGCGCGGUCGCCGCCGCCUGCCUGCCCGGGUGCCCGCGUGCCCGGGCAGCGGUGGGCCAGGAUGUCGGGUUUCCUGGAGGAGCUGUUGGGAGAGAAGCUGGUGACGGGCGGCGGCGAGGAGGUGGACGUGCACUCGUUGGCUGCCCGCGGCAUCUCGCUGCUCGGGCUCUACUUCGGCUGUAGCCUGAGCGCCCCCUGCGCGCAGCUCAGCGCCAGCCUGGCCGCCUUCUACGGCCGCCUGCGGGGGGACGCGGCGGCCGGGCCAGGGGCUGGGGCCGGCCCGGGGCCGGGGGCCGGGGCGGCGGCGGAACCCGAGUCGCGGCGUCGCCUGGAGAUUGUCUUCGUGUCCUCGGACCAGGACCAGCGGCAGUGGCAGGACUUCGUGCGGGACAUGCCGUGGUUGGCGCUGCCCUACAAGGAGAAGCACAGGAAGCUUAAACUUUGGAACAAAUAUCGAAUUUCCAACAUUCCAUCACUAAUAUUCUUAGACGCCACCACCGGGAAGGUCGUGUGCAGGAAUGGGCUGCUGGUGAUCCGCGAUGACCCAGAGGGUUUGGAAUUCCCUUGGGGGCCUAAACCCUUCAGGGAAGUCAUUGCAGGGCCCUUGCUUAGAAAUAAUGGGCAGUCCCUGGAGAGCAGCAGCCUGGAGGGGUCUCACGUGGGAGUCUAUUUCUCUGCACACUGGUGUCCACCCUGCCGAAGCCUCACCCGGGUCCUGGUGGAAUCCUACCGGAAGAUCAAGGAGGCAGGCCAGAAAUUCGAGAUCAUCUUUGUUAGUGCAGACAGGUCAGAGGACUCAUUCAAACAGUACUUCAGUGAGAUGCCGUGGCUCGCAGUUCCCUACACCGACGAGGCCCGGCGGUCGCGCCUCAACCGGCUGUAUGGAAUCCAAGGCAUCCCCACCCUCAUUGUGCUGGACCCACAGGGGGAGGUGAUCACGCGGCAGGGGCGGGUGGAGGUGCUGAACGACGAGGACUGCAGGGGCUUCCCGUGGCACCCCAAGCCCGUGCUGGAGCUCUCCGACUCCAACGCCGUGCAGCUCAACGAGGGCCCCUGCCUCGUCCUUUUUGUAGAUUCUGAGGAUGACGGGGAGUCCGAGGCGGCCAAGCAGCUGAUCCAGCCCAUAGCUGAGAAGAUCAUCGCCAAGUACAAAGCCAAAGAGGAGGAGGCGCCGCUUCUGUUCUUUGUGGCGGGGGAGGAUGACAUGACCGACUCCCUGCGAGAUUACACCAACCUGCCCGAGGCUGCCCCUUUGCUCACCAUUCUGGACAUGUCAGCCCGGGCCAAGUACGUGAUGGACGUGGAGGAGAUCACCCCUGCCAUUGUGGAGGCCUUUGUGAAUGACUUCCUAGCAGAAAAGCUCAAACCAGAGCCCAUCUAAUCGGGCUCCCGCUUCCCGGGAUGUUAUUUAAAACGCAUUCUUCUCCUCCCCCUCCCCCGCCCUUCCCUCCACCCUUGGACUUUCCCAGGGUGUCCCGAAUCACACAGCCCAAGUGUCCAACCUCUCUGUGGUGCCUUGUUUUCUGCAUUAACUCCUCAGCUAGCACCCUAGGGUGCGCAUCCUCUCCAGCAGCAGAAGAACCUCCGUGUUUGGAGACUCUGCUUGGGAUUCGCGGGGCUGGCAUAACCCAGCCCGAACUGGGACUGCAGCCUUCUCUUGGUCCCUAGCUCUUGGUGAGGUAUUUGCCAGGGUGUUCUUCUGUCAAGUGGGCACCAAGGGACAGAGCAUCGGUGCUCUGGCUCUGCCUUAGGUGCCGGCACGUACGAGCAGAGCCCGAGGGUUCAGAGGCGCACGCGCGGCGGGUGGAACAGGGAGAGGGCGGCAGCCGCGGAGGCCCCGUGCAGAGCUGCUGGCGAGGACGUCCUUUCCUAAUUGACUUGGUCUGCCUUGGUCUGAGGGAAAAACACCAGCUUGUCAGCCGGUUCUCGGGCAGGGGCUCUCCAGCCCUCAAAGGAAGUUUGUGUUCUUUUCUGGUGAGGAAGAGAGUAGCUACGGUAAUGAUUCCCGUACUAAUUGCUUACUUUGAUGGAGCGCCUCCCAUGUGAUAAGAAGGAGCUGCUCAUUCCUUCCUUCUAGCUCUUUCUUCCUUGAUCUUGACCUUCUCCCAGUUUCUACCUUCUCAGAUGAACAGCCCCUACAAUCUUGGAAUGUUGUUACUAAGUUCUCCCCCUUGGACAUCUUCCCAAGAAGACGCAGCGGUCCUGUGUUCCCGGAGGAGCACCGCUCACCAGCUCAGACCUGACUCAGCCCGGCUCUGGGCCUGGGGCCGCUGGAGCUCUGCUGAGGUGCUCUUGCCCACCCUUGGUCACCCCUGCAUUCCCUUUUCUUCUCAAAGCAGAACUUAAAAGAGACAAAAAAAUUACCAGAAGCCUAGCUUUUUCCUAAGAACCUACAGAAAGGGCUGUGCCCUGAGGUGGGAGUGCAGGCCAAAAACAGGUCAGCUAAGAGUAGGCCCUGGGUCCGCUCUGCCGGGCCCAGCUCGGCUCCUUGUUUGGGCUGAACUGACCACAGAAAGGAAGCUAACAGCUGUGCUCUUAGGAUUUGGGAUGGAAGGCUUUGCCUAGGGCCUCACAGGGUUUCAGCCUAUCUCAGUCAGAAGUCAGGGCCUUUAAAAGAAUCUCAGGCCUCACCCCUGGCUCCACUCACAGCCAAUCAAGACCAUUUAUUUGGAAAACCCAGCCCCCUCCAAUUAGCUGUUGACAUGUUGCUCCUUGCUGAGUGGGAUUGUUGAUUUGUAGUUCAGAGGUACAAAUUUAGUUGGUAAUUAGACUGUCACUGUUACCAGCCUGAAAUGCAGUCACCUAGUAAGAAAUAAAACAGGCAUCUCUGGACGUUA